AUGUUUAAUUUACCCGGUGGAUUGUUUGGCGCUGCUACACCUGCGGCUACGUCAACUGCUUCUACUGGAUUGACCUUCGGACAGCCGGCGACAAAACCAACGACUGGAGGCUUAUUUGGGGCUCCUACAUCAGCUGCUACGUCAGCUCCUUUAACACAAAGUAAGUUUGUUUUCAAAGAUGCGACAAUUUAUUGCAAGAUUUUAGGAAUUCUAGUGAAAUAUUAUUCUUUAACUUUCAGGUUUGUUUGGAACGCCACAAACGUUUCGACCUGCCGCUAGUCUUACGUUAGGUCAGCCAACAGCAAAACCUGCUACUGGAGGUUUGUUUGGAGCACCUACGUCAGCGGCUACAACGACUGCUGCUACAGGUUUGACUUUUGGACAGCCAGCAGCCGGUGGAUUGUUUGGCGCUGCUACACCUGCGGCUACGUCAACUGCUUCUACCGGAUUGACCUUCGGACAGCCGGCGACAAAACCAGCGACUGGAGGCUUAUUUGGGGCUCCUACAUCAGCUGCUACGCCAGCUCCUUUAACACAAAGUAAGUUUGUUUUUAAAGAUGCGACUAUUUAUUGCAAGAUUUUAGGAAUUCUAGUGAAAUAUUAUUCUUUAACUUUCAGGUUUGUUUGGAACGCCACAAACGUCUCAACCUGCCGCUAGUCUUACGUUAGGUCAGCCAACAGCAAAACCUGCUACUGGGGGUUUGUUUGGAGCACCUACGUCAGCGGCUACAACGACUGCUGCUACAGGUUUGACUUUUGGACAGCCAGCAGCGAAGCCAGCAGCCGGUGGAUUGUUUGGCGCUGCUACACCUGCGGCUACGUCAACUGCUUCUACUGGAUUGACCUUCGGACAGCCGGCGACAAAACCAGCGACUGGAGGCUUAUUUGGGGCUCCUACAUCAGCUGCUACGUCAGCUCCUUUAACACAAAGUAAGUUUGUUUUUAAAGAUGCGACAAUUUAUUGCAAGAUUUUAGGAAUUCUAGCAAAAUAUUAUUCUUUAACUUUCAGGUUUGUUUGGAACGCCACAAACGUCUCAACCUGCCGCUAGUCUAGGUCAGCCAGCAACAAAACCUGCUACUGGGGGUUUGUUUGGAGCACCUACGUCAGCGGCUACAACGACUGCUGCUACAGGUUUGACUUUUGGACAGCCAGCAGCGAAGCCAGCAGCCGGUGGAUUGUUUGGCGCUGCUACACCUGCGGCUACGUCAACUGCUUCUACUGGAUUGACCUUCGGACAGCCGGCGACAAAACCAGCGACUGGAGGCUUAUUUGGGGCUCCUACAUCAGCUGCUACGCCAGCUCCUUUAACACAAAGUAAGUUUGUUUUUAAAGAUGCGACUAUUUAUUGCAAGAUUUUAGGAAUUCUAGUGAAAUAUUAUUCUUUAACUUUCAGGUUUGUUUGGAACGCCACAAACGUCUCAACCUGCCGCUAGUCUUACGUUAGGUCAGCCAACAGCAAAACCUGCUACUGGGGGUUUGUUUGGAGCACCUACGUCAGCGGCUACAUCAACUGCUGCCACUGGGGUGACCUUAGGACAACCGACGACAAAACCCGCGACUGGCGGACUGUUUGGUGCUGCUACACCUGCUGCUACGACGACUUUGGCAGCUCCAAAGCCGGCGGACCCGGUUCAAGGGCUUGCAGGAAAACUGAAGUUUAAUGAUUUGGAUGGAUUGUUGAACAAGUUGUCAAUUGAUCUUCAAGAACAAGACAAUAGAUUCCAGGAGUUGCUACGUCAAGUGAACCAACAAGAUCUUAUGCUUUAUGAACGACAAGGAAAGGUAGAUAAUUUGAAAUUGUUACAUGGAUUUAGGGGGGGGGAGUUCUAUUUUUUCUAAUCUUUUUUUUGGAUUUAAAAAUGUUUCGCUUUCGUGAAUACUUAUUAAAAUUCAUAUUACAGUUGGACGAUGUGUUGAAAGAGUUGGAUAAUCUUGAGAAAGACCAUUUCCGCUUCACAACUCACGUUGAAAUGCUGGAAGAACAACAGAACGAUGCCAGGAAGUUCAUCGAACAAAUGGAGAAACAACUCGGUUUGCCAGCUUUCAACGAUCCUCAACAACCUGGUCCAGCUAGCAAUUUGAAUGUGGAUGUCAGAAGAGCUGCUUUGUAAGUUUUAAAUGACAAAUAUUUGUAUUGGUUUUGUCGUUAAUUUUGAUAAAUUUAACUUAUAAGCUUAUGCUAAAAGAUUUGCAAAUAUUUCUUUUGUUAAAGCUUUAAAAGUUUCUCAUUAUAAUUUUUUUCAGGCUGCAAUUACUCCUCGAGACCGAUAUUGCUGCCAAACAACUUGAUAAUGAAGUUGAAGAUGCUACCCAACGCCUGAACGACGUCAGAAACAUCAAAGACAAGGUCCACAAGAACACUGAUGGCCAGAGCGAUCUAGAACAACUACAACAAAUCCUGUCACAUCAGAUGCAAGCCAUCUUACACUUGGAACAGGAAUGCGACGACAUGUCUAAACGGCUAACGACCGUUCGAUCAAAGAAUUAA